AUGGAAGAAAGUUCCAGCGUUCCUGAGAGUGAUAACUCCCGAGAGAGUUAUGUUGAGAGUGUGGAUCUCCAACCACCUGCGGAUGUGUUUUCCCAGGAAAUCACCGAGACAGUGAAUGUCUUGGUGAAUGACGGAUCAAGUGUAGGCGCUUAUACACUUGAUUUCGUGAUGCCCCCGAAGUCAGCUUCGGAGGUAGUCAAGUUGCCAACGCUAGAAUCUAAAAGAUUCUUGCGAGAUCUGCGUAGUGACAAGAUCAAGCAGAUCUGCGUACUCGUCACAGAGGACGAGUACGUCGCCGAUAUUCGGUCGGCACAAGUGUUUGCUGAGAACGAACGGGUUUUCAGUAGCUCAUCGAUGGACAAGAGUGUCCUCGAUGAGAAGACCCGGAUUGAGCGAUACACGUCUCAAUCUUGGGAGUCUCUAAAGACAAAUCCUUUGUAUAAGGAUUUGGUGGAAUUCAGGGAUGUUUUCCCGGAAUCCGUGCCAUGCGAGCUGUCCAAAGACAAAGGCACCCGGCAUGAGAUCAAGCUGAAACCUGGUUCAAAAUACUGUGCCAUGAAGCAAUGGCCACUGCCUCACGAACAGGUAACAGCGAUCGACAAUUUCUUUGCCGAUCGAUUAGCGGCUGGUCAUGUGAGGGAAUCAACAUCCCCACACAGCUCUCCGACCUUCUGUGUGCGAAAUUCCACAGGAAGGUGGCGGAUAGUGCACGCCUUUUGA